UGAAGUGGACAUGUGAGGCAGAGAGGACGCGACACAGAUUGUUAAAGUGACCUAUGGAAGCGAUGAGGGGCUCUUAGUUUUCCAGCAGUGAAGACUCACUCCACCAGUUUAUUCCAUGUCUGACUCGGACCCGAUGAAGUGUGGGGCUGCAGCAAGCAGGGGCCCCGAAUGCCGAUCGCCUACGACCCCGAGGAUGGAGCUGCUGAGCCCUUCCAAAGUGAAGGAGUGUUCGCAGAACGUCACAGAAAAGGUGACACAGGUUCUGUCCUUGGAGUCCGACGUGCUCCCGGAGUACAAACUUGAAGUUCCAGAGACAAAAUGGUGGAUCCUGCUUCACUACAGCCCCUUCAAGGCCUUCUGGGACUGGAUCAUUCUCCUCCUGGUCCUCUACACGGCCGUCUUUACACCGUACUCGGCGGCGUUCCUCUUGGAUGAGCACAGCCACGUGCGCCAGAGGGUCUGCGGCUACACGUGCAACCCGCUGAAUGUGGCCGACCUGCUGGUGGACGUGCUGUUCAUCGUGGAUAUUGUCAUCAACCUGCGCACCACCUACGUGGAUCACAACGACGAGGUGGUGACGCAGCCCAGCCGCAUCGCCAAGCAUUACAUCAAAGGGUGGUUCCCGAUCGAUCUGUUUGCCGCCAUCCCCUUCGAUCUGCUCAUUUUCAGGUCCGGUUCUGAUGAGAUGGCCACCUUAACGAGUUUGCUCAAAACGGCUCGCUUGCUACGUCUAGUCCGUGUGGCGAGGAAGCUCGACCGCUACUCGGAAUACGGCGCUGCCGUCCUCUUCUUGCUGAUGUGUACUUUUGUCCUCAUCGCCCACUGGCUGGCCUGCAUCUGGUAUGCCAUCGGCUACGUGGAGAGGCCCUAUACAGAGACAGGGUGGCUGGACAACUUGGCCGAACAACUGGGCAAAACGUACGACGACAACGACUCCAGCUCGGGUCCGUCGGUCAAAGACAAGUACGUGACUGCGCUCUACUUCACCUUGAGCAGUUUGACAAGCGUCGGGUUUGGAAAUGUCUCUCCGAACACCAACUCUGAGAAGAUCUUCUCUAUCUGUGUCAUGGUCAUUGGCUCUCUCAUGUAUGCCAGCAUAUUCGGGAAUGUGUCCGCCAUCAUCCAGCGGCUGUACUCCGGUACAACUCGCUACCACACUCAGAUGCUACGUGUCAAAGAGUUCAUCCGAUUCCACCAAAUCCCAUUCAGCCUGCGCCAGCGCCUGGAGGAAUACUUCCAGCACGCGUGGUCCUACACUAAUGGCAUUGACAUGAACGCAGUCUUGAAGGGAUUCCCAGGAUCCCUGCAAGCGGAUAUCUGUUUGCAUUUAAACAGAUCUUUGCUGCAGACUUGCAAGGCUUUCCGUGGAGGUAGUCAAGCUUGUCUGCGGGUCUUGGCGAUGAGGUUUAAGAUGGUCCACGCCCCUCCGGGUGAUAGCCUCAUCCACUACGGUGACAUUCUGGACUCCCUCUUCUUCAUCUCCCGUGGUUCCAUCCAGGUUAUUAGGGAUGACGUGGUAGUUGCCAUACUAGAGAAGAAUGACAUCUUUGGUGAGCCAAUCCAACUUUACGAUGAGCCAGGGAAGUCCAAUUCGGAUGUACGCACCAUCACUUAUUGUGACCUGCAUCGCAUCAUGAGGGAUGACCUGCUGGAGGUUCUGGAUAUGUACCCGGGCUUUGCAGACAACUUCUGGAGCAACCUAGAGUUAACCUUUGACCUCAGAGAUCCGGAGCAACCACCGCCAAUACUAAUUGAUGAUUCAGACAACUACGAUUACCACCACAACCCAAGACACAGUAUUCAUAUGGACUGCAGAAUCAGGCCAGAUGGAAUGGCUCAUGAAGAUUCCUACCCAGCCUGCCGCCAUCAUCACUCCCCUCCUCAAGCCCUUUGGGAAGACCCAUGUAGUUGCAGUUCCCCAUGUUCCCACUCCAGUGAGGAUUUGACUAAACCGGUUGCUCAAGGCAGGAAAGCAGAGUCGUACCCACCAGAAGAAGGCAGGCGGGACUUUGUCCCUCCAUCUGAAGUGCAGCUGCGACCACCUGGUGGCGCCACAAUUGACCAAAGUCGUCGAGGUAACAUGCGAGUGCCCACUGUCAAUCUAAACACUGGAAUUACAAUUUGUUGUGUUCUUUCCUCCCCAGCUUUAAAUGUGCCUGAAAUGUUUAGCUAUUGGAAAACAGAGCAACAGCCUCAAAAGAUCAACAGUCGUGCCUGGAGGUCCUCUUCAGUUCGGAAUUCGUACCACCCGUCACCCUUCAUAGACGAACGACCCACCGAGCUUGAAUCCCGACUUGAAGUUUUACAAUUGCAGCUCAACAGAUUAGAGACGCGCAUGACGGCCGACAUCAACGUCAUCCUCCAACUCUUACAAAGGCAGAUUGGUCCCGUGCCUCCUGCUUACAGCGCCGUGUCUACCCGAAACCAUCCAACUGACUCAACGGGCCUGUACGGAAGUCACAAGACGUACCCAAUGGCCUCCAUUCAGAUGGACAACCGAGCACCCAAUCAGAACUCCGCCCACUCAGACCUGAAAUCCAGGAAGAAAUCAGAAGAGUCCCUUUCCAGCGGUAUCCACGUGACUCCUGAGACAGAAACCCAUCCAGGAUUAAACCCGCAAAGGCUUCGUUACCCCUCAAUGCCCGACAACCUGGACAUCAGCUCAGGACAGUCUGACAUACAGAAACAUCUCUCAGACCCGCUACUUCCUGUCCUCUAACAGGAAGCAACGGCAUUCAAGGCAUUCAUUGUGACUUUUAGAAGACCCAUCAAAUAGUGACCGCUUAUUGAUGGAUGCGCAAGAUCCCUUUCUGUCGAACCCUUUUACCAACACAACAACAACCAGUGAAGCAAACAUCUUUCUAGAACAUCUUGGUACUUCCUGUUGGUGUUUCAAAUAAAAGCAACCGUACAACCACGACACAUGUUACUUGCAUUCAAAGUAACACUCAAGAAUGUAUAGGUGUGUUUAGUUUUUUUAUGUUGAGACAUGUGAAACAUGUAUUUAAACCUGUUUUUAGACAGAUCAUCACACCUAAAAUGAGGUUUAAACGACUUUUUAGCUGUCAAACAAAUGGUUGGUGAUAACAAAUUCUGUUUUUGUCUAUGAAAACAUUAAUUAUGGCUAAGGUAUAGUGUUUCAAGUUUUCGUUCGUUUUAACAGUUUUUCUAUUCAGAAGGCAAUACGAGGGUAAAAUCUGGCCAUGGGAGCUUUAAGAACAGAAAAUCUCUGAAAUAAGGGGGAAUAUCUACAUUUUAAGACGGGACCAUUUCGGGGUGGGGGCAAAGUGUCUCAUUGUUUUUUCACUAGAAAAGCACUAGAAGGGCUGCAUCUUGCUUUGGGGACUAACUAGGUUUUUAAAUAGAAAAUGUCCUCUAAGAUCGGGGUCAAAAUACUUACAUAACAAGAGAUACUUUUUAGGGAGGCUCGUUCUGUCCAAUUCAUUGUUUUUCUUCCGUUGUUGACACCUAAGAAGACUGCCAUCCAUUUUCUACCGCUUAUUCCCUUUUGGGGUCGCGGGGGGCGCUGGCGUCUAUCUCAGCUACAAUCGGGUGGAAGGCGGGGUACACCCUGGACAAGUCUCCUAAGAAGACUGGAAAAUCAGAAAUUAGACAUUAGGUUCUGCAGCCCAGCUUGAAAAAUUGCUUUAACACCUGUUUUAGGUGGAUCAUCACACCUCAGAUGAGGGUUAAAAUAUAUUUUUAGCUAUUUAACAGGCUUGAUACUGAAUUCUGGCCCAGGAAAAUUUGUCAUGUUUUUGUUCAUGUGAACAGUUUUAAAGGUAUUGGAUUGUUUUUUUCAUUACAAACAUACUAGAAGGGCAAUAUCUGGCCUUGGGAACUAAAUAGGCUUGAACUGAAAAUCCCCUCUCAAAUUAGGCUCGUUUUGUCCAAUUUUGUGUUUUUCUUCCAUUGUUGACACCUAAGAAGACUGUAAAAUCAUAAAUUAGACAUUAUGUCCUGCAGUCCAGCUUGAAAAUGGCUUUAAGGCUUGUUUUAGGUGGAUCAUCACACUUCAGAUGAGGGUUGAAAUACAUUUUUAGCAAUUUAACAGGCCUGAUACUAAAUAUUGCUCAUGAUUUUCUUCGUGUGAACAAUUCUAAAGGUAUUGCAUUGUUUUGUUCAUUAGGAAUUUACAAGAAGGACAAUAUCUGGCCUUGAGAACUAGAUAGUCUUGAACAGAAAAUCCCCUCUGAAAUGAGGGUGAAUAUAUACUUACAUUUUAAGAGGGGACAAUUUCAAGACGGGUGAAUGCUGUCCAAUUUAGUGUCUUUGUUUAGGCUGUUGACUUUUACAUUGAAAUUGGGGUCUACUAUCCAGUUCAAAACCUAUUUUCCGGCAGACGAUCACACCUAAAAUAAGGUUCAAAUGACAAUUUCAGCAAUUGAACUGUUCUGGUUCUGAAUUGCGACUAUAGAUUAUCCUUCAUGUUUUUGUUCGUUUGAAUAGUUUUUCCCAUUACAAAUGCACUAGGAGGGCAAACUCUGGCCUUGUGAUUCCCAGAAAUUGCUUACCCUUGUUUUUUUUUUAUACAGAAAACCCGCAAUGAAAUAAAGGGGAAUACUUAAAUUUUAAAAAGGCACAAUUUCAAGGGAACGAAUGCUCUGCAAUUCAGGGUUUUUGUUCAGACUACCAUGUUGAUGCCUAAGAAAACCUGGGGAAUCAUCAGGAUUGACAAUAGGGUCUACAGACCAGCUCGACAAGGCUUUAAACCUGAUUUGGGGCUGAUCAGACAUUUUUAUCUAUUAAUCAGGCCUGGUGCUAAAUUGUGGCUGACGAAUAACUGUUACAUUUUUGUGCGUUUGAACAGCUCUGAGAGUGCUGCAUUGCUUUUUAAUUACAAAGGCAAAUCUGGCCAAAAUCCUAAUUAAAAUAAGGGUCGAUAUACAUGCAUUUUCAGAGGGGACAAUUUUCAGAGGGGCUAGUACUGUAAGAUUUCACAUUUUUGUUCAGGCUACUAUUGCUGACACCUAAGAACACUGUGGAAUUAUUCAAUUUGACAUUAGGGUCUGCAAUCUGGCCCAGAAAUACAUUUUGAGAGAUUAUUAUGUGUGUUUUAUAUGUUUUUACGGUUUUGGGGUGUUAAACUGGUUUUAGGGACUCCAGGACCGGAUCCCACUCUCAAUGCGAACUAUGCAUGAAAGACAAUGCUAGUGAGGAGGUCUGCUGGACUUUAUUGAAUUCCCCCUACACACUAUAGACCUGAAUAGGGUCCUCUAUGGCCCGCGGCAACGCUGCAUAUCCCAGUUUACAUUUGCCCCUAUACUGCAUAUACCGUAUAUUCCAUGCAUAUAAUAGAGUCAUAUUGUUUAUACUACUGUAUUUUCCCUAUGCAUGCUUCAGUAGAGCAGGACUGGGUGUGGUACAUCUUCCAAAUAAUAUUGAAAUGAAGUGAGCCAUGUCAACAUAAACCCAGUAUGUGCAUUUGUCAGCUUGUCAUCCAACUCCCUUCCUCUUUUCCAUAAAUACCUGCAUGGCAGACGCAGCCAUGCCCACACCAGUUAAAUCAGCAGCAACAGGUGUCAGCGGUACGAUGACCAACAACUCUUCCUUCGCCACCGCCACCUUUCCAAAUUACAUGAACUCAAGUGGUGUUGAGUAUUGUGCAGGCAUGUCGGCAGGCAUGUACAUUUGGGUGGUCGCUUCGAUGAUAUGCAGCACAGUUGGCCUUCCGGCAUCACUCUUCAUCCUAAGGGAUAUGUUCAAGGCGCAUGUGAGGGAUGGAAGUCCUUUCAGGUCCCACCAUCUUUUUGUGCUGAACCUGUCAUCCAUGGACACUAUCUUCUUAGCGUUCAUUCCCACAACUGUGAUAAAUCACACCUUCUACAACCUAGAAAUACUGGCGUCAUUUGGAGACUCCCUAUAUGCCUUUAACAUAUGCGGAAGACCCCUCAUUAUGGCGUGCAUCUGCAUGGACUGCUACCUGGCGGUGGUUCACCCGAUCUUCUACCGGAACAUGAGCCUGACUCCAAAGGUGCUGUGGGUGGUGGUUGUUUGGGCUGUGACUAUCUCUUACGGCGUCCUCUUCUACACACACAGGAAGUUGUACUUUAGCUUCAUUUCUAUGAUUUGCUUCAUAGUGGCCAUGAUCAUCAUCGGGUACUGUGACUCCUUUAUCCUUUAUUCCCUGUUAGCGACCAGCGGCAGCAGAGGCCUCCACCCACAAAAGCAGAGAGCCAUUUACACGCUGGUCAGCAGCUUAGUGAUGGCGGCCAUCUCCUACCUGCCUCCUCUGCUUCUCUAUGUGAUUGCCCUCAGCCUGGUACAGAAUGAGCGAGUCUUUAUAUGCAUC